GUCAAUCAAAUCUGGAAACACUUUAAGUACACAACUGUUUGACUAAAAUCAUAUGGUAUCGCCAAGGAAGUGUUAGGCUGAGGAUUGGUGAAGAUUUAACCCGAAAAUGAGAGCUUUUUCCUUAUUAAUAUUGGCCUGGAUGUCCUUGCUUGUGGUUUUACCAGUGAUACGUUGUAAAGAACAGCGAGAACUAUCCGAAGGCAACCUUUUAGUUGUGACUGUUGCGACCAAAGAAACAGAUGGCUUCAGGCGUUUCAUGAGGUCUGCCCGACACUUUAACUACACUAUCAAGGUGCUUGGCAGAGGGGAGCCAUGGAAAGGUGGGGACUAUAUGACCGAGCCAGGAGGGGGUCAGAAAGUGCGCCUUCUUAAAGCUGGUUUGCAGGAGAUGGAGGAAGACAAGGUUGUCCUCUUCAUUGACAGCUAUGAUGUUGUCUUCGCCUCCGGUCCCAAAGAGCUGCUGAAGAAGUUCCAGCAGACAAGACACAAGGUGGUCUUCUCUGCAGAGACCCUCAUCUGGCCCGACAGACACUUGGAGGACAAGCACCCCCACUUCCGAGAGGGGAAGAGGUUUUUGGGCUCAGGGGGAUUCAUUGGCUAUGUUCCUAACCUCAAAGAGAUGGUUGCUGACUGGACAGGGGAGGACAGUGACAGUGAUCAACUUUUCUUCACCAAGAUUUAUAUCAACCCAGAGAAAAGAAAAUCCAUCAAUAUAACACUGGACAACAGAUGCCGAAUGUUUCAUAAUCUUCAUGGAUCCCUUGAUGAGGUGGUGUUGAAGUUUGAGGACGGGCAAGUGCGGGCCAGAAAUGUGUUGUAUGAUACAUUACCUGUCGUUAUUCAUGGCAACGGGCCCACCAAGCUCCAGAUCAACUACUUAAGCAACUACAUCCCCACAGUGUGGACGUUUGAGACGGGAUGCAGUGUGUGUCUUGAGGACCUGCGGCCACUCUCAGGACUCAAGGAGAGCGAAUACCCACUGGUGGUUAUUGGAAUCUUCAUCCAGCAGCCCACCCCCUUUGUCAGUGUGUUCUUUGAGACCUUGCUCAAACUGGAAUACCCAAAGAACCGACUCAAACUCUUCAUCUACAACCAGGAGCAGCACCACGAGGUAGCGGUCAGCUCUUUCCUGAAGGACCAUAGGAAAGAGUACCAGGAUGUUAAGGUCAUCGGGCCUGAGGAGAACAUGGACAGGGUGGCUUCCCGCAACCUCGGCCUUGAUAUGUGCCGACAGGACAAGGACUGUGAGUAUUUCUUCAGCGUGGAUAUCGAAGUGGUUCUGAAGAACAAGGACACCCUAAAGAUUCUCAUCGAGCAAAAUGAGCCUAUAAUUGCACCCAUGAUAACCCGAGAAGGCCGCCUGUGGACCAACUUCUGGGGAGCACUCAGUGCUGAUGGUUACUACGCUAGGUCGGAGGACUAUGUGGACAUUGUGCAAGGACGCAGAGUUGGUGUGUGGAAUGUCCCCUACCUGACCAAGGUGUACCUGGUGAAGGCCAGCCUCCUUCACGAGGAGCUCUCCAACAACGACCUCUUCAGCUCGGGCACUCUGGACCUCGACAUGGCCUUCUGUCACAACGCCAGAAACAAAGGAGUCUUCAUGUAUGUUACGAAUAUGCACACCUUUGGACGGAUGCUGUCGACAGAAAACUACCAGAUGAGCCAUCUCCACAACGAUUUGUGGCAGAUCUUUGAAAACCCUAAGGAUUGGGAGGAGCGUUACAUCCAUGAGAACUACACAAAGAUAAUGAGAGACAAACUGAUUGAAACACCUUGCCCUGAUGUAUACUGGUUCCCGCUAUUCUCUGAUAUUGGAUGUGACCACAUUGUUCAAGAAAUGGAAAACUUUGGACAGUGGUCAGGUGGCCGAAAUACGGACACAAGGAUCCAGGGUGGCUAUGAGAAUGUCCCCACCAUUGAUAUCCACAUGACUCAAAUCAAUUAUGAGAAAGAGUGGCAGAAGCUUCUGUUGGAUUACAUAGCCCCAAUCACAGAGACAAUGUAUCCUGGAUACUACACCAAGGCUCAGUUUGACUUGGCGUUUGUAGUUAGAUAUAAGCCAGACGAGCAGCCCUUUUUAAGGCCACACCAUGACGCGUCCACAUUUACUAUAAAUAUUGCACUCAAUCAAAAAGUGCUUGAUUACCAGGGUGGGGGAUGCAGGUUCAUACGGUAUAACUGCUCCGUCGAGGCACCCCGCAAAGGCUGGGCCCUCAUGCACCCUGGACGGCUCACCCACUAUCACGAGGGCCUGCGAACCACUGCAGGCACUCGAUACAUCGCAGUGUCAUUUGUGGACCCCUGAGUGCCAAUGGCAAUGUGCUGCCACUUCCAGGUGUCAGCUGUUGUUUCUAUGGUGCCUUUACUGAACGUUUGUUAAUUCAGGAAAACUCCAUUAGCCAAAUCCAAGUGGGCGUUGCGGGAGACCUUUUCUCUUGAAACCCCUUUCCACUGAAAGUCAUUUGAAACUUUUGUGAGACAAAUGUACUGUUUUAGUAUUAUUAUUUUAACUGUCAAAAUAACUUGAUUCAAGACACUCCUACAUACAGUAUGAGGCAAUAAGAAUAACUUUAUUUGUAAAGUGCCCUUCAUUUCUAAAUACACUCCUAAUACAGUAUGCAAUGCACCAUGGUCUUGGAGAUUAUUAAAACAUCUGUCCUAUUUAUUAUUUUGAUAUUUGUAUAAAAGGAGUUUAUUCCAAAGAUUCCGUGUGGCUUUUCGAAUGUGUAAUAUCUAAAGAACACAGCUCGUAACACAUUCUCAGGCCCCUUGUCAUUUUCAUGUUGAAAACAAGUCCAUGUUCAGCACCCAAACAUUGUCGAUGCAAUGAAUAGAGCCGACAUGAGUCCUUAUUCUACAUGUCAGACAGGCAUGUUUGUUCUACAUUGCCUACUUCUAUCAGAAUGUUCCAAAACGUUGCAUCCUGCUGAAAGCGCACCAGAACAUAUACUGUAUGUUUCUCUUAAAUAACUAUACAUUUUUUUAACAUUCCAUGACAAAUAAUCAUUGAGGACAAAGUUUGACUGAAUUGAUCUGAUGCUGCCUGGGCAUACUCUGAAGAAUGUUGUAAACACUAGUAGAGAUAGUUGUGAGAAUUUAUAUUUUGGUCAUUUGUCAAUAAAACACUGAACCAAACUAUGA